GUGAUUAUCAACCGAUUGUGUUUGCGGCGCUGAGACUCGAUCACCGCGAUGGAAGAAAGGUUUUGACCGUUCCACCAGUUAUUCACAAACCGAAACCUUUAUGGACUGGCAAGCAAAUCAUAACUACAUUAUUAAUAAACUUGACAAGAGGCGUACUUGAUAAAUCACAAAUUGGUAAUACUUCUUUUGGAUUGAUGUUAUGGACGAUUUUAACUCCUGAAGGAGAUAUAGAAAGAAAAAUGUUGAUGGAAAAUAAUACUGACAUUGGAAAAUGGGCUGCAUUCGAAUAUAUUGGAAUGAAACAUGUUCUCGAUAAAUCAGAUUUGCCAAAUGUUGAUAAAGAAUUAGAUGCUGUCAUGAAAUCAAGAGUAAAUAGAUUGACAUCAUCAAUUAUUAGCACUUGUAUUCCGAGAGGAUUGAUAUCUGGUACAAAGGGCACAAAUGUUAUUGUGGUCAGCAAGAGUCAUGUACCAGUGAUGAUAAGUGGUGAAACUCUUCCGUCGUUUCGACCUUAUGAUCAUUCUGCACGUGCGGGAUGGUUUAUUAGUCAUAUAGAUAAGACAAGUCGUUCGGGAUAUCUUCAAAGAUGUCUAAUAAAGCAUCUAGAAGGAUUACGCGUUCACUAUGAUCAUACAGUUAGAGAUAAAGCUUUUAAAAAGCCUGAGAAAUAUGAUCCGGUACUUUCAGAAUACUCUCCGAGCAGAUAUCUAGGUUCUGUUUCUGAAAAUUUUCAUAAUGCAUUGGAAAAGUACGUAAAGGGGAAUCCUGAUAAUCUAUUUGGUGAAUCCCUCGAAGAAAGCUCAUUGUUUGGACCAGCAUUUAUAAAUCUCAUGCAUAUUAAAUACUUGCAUAAUGACUUAAAUACUUUUCACUUUGCUGGUUUUGGUGCAAAAAACGUUACGCUUGGUAUCUCCCGUCUUCGUGAAAUUAUAAUGACAGCUUCUGCUGAUAUCAAAACGACCAUGAUGACUCUUCCUUUACGAAAUCAUGUUUCUGAUGAAGAUUCCAAGAACUUCUGUCAAGAAAUUAGUAAAUUAACUCUUACAGUACGUGAACAAAUUAUUCGAAAACAAGUUGAUUCUGGAUCAACCGAAACAAUAC